AUGCGUGUAAAUCUCUGUCGAUCAUUACGGGCCGCUAGUGUAAUAACCAGCAAGAUAGCGGAAGGUUAUCAACAAAAUUCAAAAUGGCAAAGAAACGGUGGAAAGCGAUUUGUUGAGAACGAAGUCGUACCAUAUCUUGGCAACGAUAUCUUGGAUUUAGGCUGUGGUACUGGCGAGCUGUCCGCAUACCUUGCCGAACUUGUAGGGCCAAAAGGUAGAGUUUUAGCAGUCGACCCUGACAAAGAGCGCAUUCGAGUGGCUCAAGAAUCGCACAAAGAAGUAGAAAACCUCACNAAUUCAAAAUGGCAAAGAAACGGUGGAAAGCGAUUUGUUGAGAACGAAGUCGUACCAUAUCUUGGCAACGAUAUCUUGGAUUUAGGCUGUGGUACUGGCGAGCUGUCCGCAUACCUUGCCGAACUUGUAGGGCCGAAAGGUAGAGUUUUAGCAGUCGACCCUGACAAAGAGCGCAUUCGAGUGGCUCAAGAAUCGCACAAAGAAGUAGAAAACCUCACAUUUGCUCCUGGAAGCACCUUGAGCUUUCCAGGCCUGGGUUUGGAGACUUACAAUGUUAUCUUCUCAAAUUUUGUUCUUCACUGGAUAAAGAACAUUGAGGAUAAGAAAAAUGCCUUCCAAAACAUGUUUAGGAGCUUGAAGCCGACGGGGAAAAUUUUUAUGCGAUAUAGUGGUCGGUUGCCUACUCACUUUGACGGUGUCUUUCGCGAGCUCAACCCAGAAAAUAUGGAUCGUUUACUAAACCUGUUCGAACAUGAAACAAGACCAGUCAUUGAAAAAUUGUGUGAGGCCAAUGGAUUCCGCAUUCUGAAAAGUUUUCACGAGAAGCACGAUGAUCUCGCGUUUGAAAAUGGCGAAGCUCUGUGUUUGUUUUUCUGGGCGACUACAAACGGUGUAUUUGAUUCACAGCUGAUUACUUAA